CCAAACCAACAACUCCCAUCGCCCUCCCGGUCGUUUAUAAAACCGACCGAGCCGCUCCGCACCAGAAGUUGGGAGCACGGCCCACACGAACCAGCAAAGCAAACAACGAGGCCCUUUUCGCCCCUUGCCCCUCGGUUUCGCCGCCGCUCCCCGGUGAUCUCCGCGACCGUGACCCGCCGCCGCCGCAGAUCUCGCCGAGGAGACAGGGAUCGGUUCCGCCGCCCGGGUAACCGGACCUUAAACGAGGCCCUCCGCUCCCUGUCGAGUUCCCGAGUCACUACUCUUCCAGGGUUCGGCAUCCUUGGUUCCCCACAUGGCCAGUUCCACAACUCAGCAUGUGCUUUCGUCCAUCAAAUUGCUGCCCACAGGCUGCUUCCAUCAUGAUAGGAGAAAUAGCUGCGUGCUUUCUGUCUCAGUAGGGCGUCGCUGCCGCAGUGCCCGCAAUUUGGGUUUAGUUUGUGCUUCAAACACCCAAUCUUCAGUGAUUGAGCCGGUUCAGCUACCGGGGAGCCCUAAAAGUGGAGCAACUCCAAAGAAAUCAGGUGAAAGCGCACUCAUUCUGAUACGGCAUGGAGAAUCGUUGUGGAAUGAGAAGAACCUGUUUACUGGAUGUGUCGAUGUUCCCCUGACCCCUAAGGGUGUUGACGAGGCGAUUGAGGCGGGGAAAAGGAUAUGCAACAUCCCGGUUGAUGUAAUAUACACUUCGUCGCUGAUUCGGGCUCAGAUGACCGCUAUGCUUGCCAUGAUGCAGCAUCGCCGUAAGAAGGUUCCAAUCAUUGUGCACAAUGAGAGUGAACAAGCUCACAAGUGGAGUCAGAUAUACAGUGAAGAGACAAAGAAGCAGUCCAUUCCUGUCAUAACAGCUUGGCAGUUGAAUGAACGAAUGUAUGGUGAGCUUCAAGGUCUUAACAAGCAAGAAACCGCUGAUCGAUUUGGUAAAGAACAAGUUCAUGAAUGGCGUCGCAGUUAUGAUAUUCCUCCCCCAAAUGGAGAGAGCCUUGAGAUGUGUGCAGAGAGAGCAGUUGCUUAUUUCAAGGACCAAAUUAUUCCUAAACUUGUGGCUGGAAAGCAUGUAAUGAUUGCUGCCCAUGGGAAUUCACUUCGUUCGAUUAUAAUGCAUUUGGACAAGUUGACUUCUCAAGAGGUUAUCAGCCUUGAGUUGUCUACUGGCAUUCCUAUGCUGUAUAUAUUUAAGGAAGGGAAAUUUAUCAGGCGAGGAAGUCCCGCAGGACCUUCUGAAGCAGGUGUCUAUGCUUAUACCAAGAAUUUGGCUCAGUACAGACAGAAGCUUGAUGGCAUGUUUCAGUAGUCAUCUGUUAGGCUUUUCGUUUGCUUCUACUCAUCCGUCGAACAUACAUUUGGUCCCAAAAGAAGGGGUCAAGCUCCUACUGUUCAUCAUUUGGAAUCUUUGAGACCUACAAGUUUGUAGCAGCUCAUUUCUCUCUUCAGAAUCCUUCCAGCACCUGGUAGUAAAAUAGAUGAUAAUUUAGGCGAUGGGCUAUAGAUACAAAUGGGGAUAGAUUUUGAUGUCAGUUGUGUUAUCUCUUGGUGUUCCCCAUUCGCUGAGAUUGAAAUAUUUGUAAUGGCGCAGUAGUGAACACUAAUGGUGAACGGCAUGAAACGAAAUGGUGUUAUCGAAUGCUUGUUCCCCCAUUUCAUCA